AUGGCACGCGACUCGGAUCCCCCUCUUCUCGCCUACAUCCAUAAUGCAAGAUCCUACGCCGAGCAGACGAACGCGCUCCGUUCACUCAAAAACGACAUCGUAGGCCAUACUCGGAAGAAGGAAACAUGGGUGGCGCUCGGCGCCCUUGGUCCGAUCGUCAGUAUACUACAGUCCAGCAGACUGCCAAACAAGGCCAAUGGCGCGCGUACACAACCUCCCGCCGGCUCGUUAGCAUUAGAAGAGGAGGAGAACGUAAGGUUACAGGCAUUACAAGUGCUCUCCAGCUUUGCCAAUGGCGGCCCAUCAUACAUCGACCCCCUUCUUGCUGCCGACGCCCUGCCCGCCCUGCUGGCCAAUACAUGCCCCAACACCAACCCGCCGCUGGUGGUUGCGACGGCACUGAGAGCCUUGGUAAACAUGACUGAAGCUGCCUCGCUUUGCGUUUCCACGCCUGCAGAGCUGCGUAUACUGGCAGACGCCAUCUUUGCUCCGGAAAGCAUUGAAACACUGGCAAAUAUUCUGGCACAGGCGGGCCAAUGGAGGUUAAAUGUCAAACAGCAGCCAGUGUCAUUGGUGACCACCUUGAUCAGCCGCCUUUGCCAGGAUGAACAGCACGCUCUAGCACUGGCUGAUUCGCCUGUUCUGGACCUGCUCGCCAAAGAGCUGGCCAGCUUCGCUGUAGCUGAUGGUUACGUGAUACCGGGAGCAGAAGCGUUGGAUGGGAGAGCCGAAUAUAUUCCCCAACCGGCGCCCUCUGGAUCUAAUCUUGCAUCCACCCUGGAAGCAUUGACGACUAUCGUGUCGGAUUCGCGAUAUAGGGCGUGCAGGUUGCUGUGCUCGCCGCCCGUUCUUGCUGUCUUUCCCAAUCUUCAGUUUUCACCAUCCCCACUAACAGCUCGUCCCUGGUUCACUCUCUCAGCUAGCGACUUGAAGCAAAUCGGUGCCAUGGAUACUCUGCUCCCACCAGUCCCAUACCAUCAGCAGCGAGGGACCUCACAUGGGACAUUCCCUUCUCUUGGUUCGCCUGAGUCUAGGGAGGGCGCCGUGCCGUUUUCUCGAUCCGCGUCGAGCAAAUUCAGCGAUGGCUUGCCUGUAACCAACAGCUCUCGCCAUGGUCCUUCCGGUCAGAAUGGGACGUCCGAUUCGGAAGACCUCGAAAGCCCUCUCAUUCCAUGGCUCAUUGCCUUGUCCAGGAAUCGAAGCGACCUGGAGCGGCUGAUGGCAACCAGUCUAUUGACAUCUCUGGUGAGGUCAGGACUUGGAAAGCGGUCCUUCAGAGAGCCAAGCAUCGGUCUACUCGUCGUGCCUCUCCUGUGCGAGAUGCUCCAUCACUAUGAACGGGCGAGCUUCGCUAUCGACCUGGCCUGCAGCACAUCCCAGCUGGUCGAUGCAUCCGCUCCGCUGUCAUGGGCCAUCCGCGAACGAGCUCCAGCUGUCCUCUCUCGUCUCAUCACGGACAGUGAGCAACUCCAAAAGGCGGCAUUUGAUUGCGGCGCAGUCAAGAUUCUGAGCCGGUUGAUGAAGGAUGCCUACGAAGCGGUGCCGCCCACGGCGUUCGCGCGGCCAUGGUCUCCAAACCCCGACACAGGUAUGGACGUAGAGAGCAGCUCACCUUCAUGCCGGCUCGGCGCCGAAGGCCAGCCUCCGCUACUAGCACACCGUAUCAGGAUGCGCGAGACCGUUCUCAAGGCCAUAGGCGCUCUGGCGGCGGGUAGAGACGAGUAUCGCAAAGCAUUCGUUGAUGCAGACAUCGUUCCCUUGAUAGUCCAAUCUCUCUCCACAGCGCCCGUCAAGCCUUCCAACCCCAGGGACCGUGCCAAGCCCGAAGAAGCUGACGGGCCCGUCCCGGACACUGCAACCUCUGGAUAUGGGAGCAACACAUUGGGCGUCAUCAUUGCCGCCUGUCACGCUGUUCGCAUGCACUCGCGUUCUGUCAGCAUCUUGACCCCCUCACUUGUGGACCAUGGCGUAUCGUUACGGAUAUUCCGUUAUCUGAAACACCCCGACGUCGAUGUCCAGAUUGCAGCUACAGCAGCCAUGUGCAAUCUGGUCACCGAGGUCAGCCCCAUGCGUGAGAUGCUUGCAGAAAGGGGUGUGAUGAAAAUCCUCUGUGAGCAUGCGCAUUCGCAGACAGCAGCACUACGACUCAAUGCUUUGUGGGCACUGAAGCACUUUGUUCAUGCGGCCGAUCCCGACGUCAAGAAGUUAUGUCUUGAGCAGCUCGAGCCAGGAUGGCUUGUGCGCCUUAUCUGCGACGACACGGAAGACGACGCCUUGUGGUCCGCCCGCGCCAAGACUGACACGCAGGGUGAGGUCGACAGUGGCGACGACGAUCUUGACGGAGAUGUAGAGAUGGACCGCCAUGAUGGUCCCUCCAAGUCAAUCUACGGCACCACGGGGCUUCCUCGUGACACGCACGGCCGACCAGCCGCCUGGGCCGUCCAUGCUGAGACCAAGAAAGCAAUCCUCCGCGACGCAGAGCUGAACCCUCAGCGCCGUGCACGGAACGACGAUCUUGCCAUCCAGGAGCAAGGCCUCGACUUCAUCCGAAAUCUCAUCGGCGCCUCCGCAGCCCCUGCCUCCUCGGAUCCGGCCACCGAGUCCACCGACAUGAUCGAGCACUUGUUCACCGAACUCGGCCAGGACCGCUUCUUCGACAUACUCGCCAAGAAGCUGCAGGCCAAGGUCCUCCACCCAGCGGCCCAUCGCCGCAACGGCUCGCCAGUCACCACCAACGAAGCCGCUCGCGUCCUCUACCCGCAGCCCAAGAUUGUCGAGGCCGUCGUCUUCAUCCUCGUGCACAUGGCCGCCAGCACCCCGCGCCACCGCCAGCUCGACAAGGAGGUCCGCGUCGCGCUCUGCCACCUCGUCAGCAACCUCACCUGGCAGGACGACGAGACGGACUCGCGCCCCAGCGCGCUGCGCGCCCACGAGCUGCGCAAGCUCGGCAUGCUCGGCAAACUCGAGACCCUGCUCGAGAGGGACCCGGAGCUCGACGUCCGCGAGCGCGCCAAGGUCGCCGUGUGGCAGAUGAAGCAGCUCAGCUUCUAG